CCGUUAAAAUACACAGCUGUGGAUUGAAGACACUCAGAUCGGCUAAAACACGGUAGAUCGGUACCUACACGGGAUGGGUGGGGGCUGCUUGGGCUUGUGAGGUAGCAGGAUUGUUUUACACCUGGCUGAGGGGGACUGACAAGUUCUACUUUGUAAACUGAGUUUUAGCACGAAGGAAAGUGUCUGUAUGUCAGAUAAAAUAGAUGCUUGCAGUUCAAAAUUAAACUGCCUUAGCAGCACAGGGACAAGCACAGCCAGACACUAUGGACCAGCACUCUCCUCUUUUACAUUGUCCUCAACAGGCAGUAGUCAAAAUGCAGAUUAAGUCUUGGCAGUUUUCUCUCAUUUGAGGAUAGUUCUAAUGCAAAGGCUUUUGAUUUUCCAGUCAGUUAAGACACUUGUUUUUCAAGACACUUGUAAAAUCUAAAAUUCUACAUACUAUGAAGAGAACAUCAACCUCAGAAAAAGCUCGGUAUUAAAAAGUACUCUUUCCUUAGCAUAGCGUGGCUAUGUUUGUACAGACCCAUGGAAUUUGGAAUUAAAAAACAUUUUCACAGCUAUUGACAAAUAACAAAAAAACCCCCAAACCAACCAAAACAAAUAGUAAACUGAGGUGUGUGAGAGUUGAUAAUGUUGGGGGGACCUCACAGUCCUUGAAAUUAAAAAGAUCUUUAAUGGAGUUCUCCAUUUCCAUGUGUGAACUUAAUUUUUAGUUCUGUCUCUGCCCUGGCUAGUGGAAAACCUAUUGCUAUUUUUAGCAGUGUUGGAUUGUGUCUAGAGUGAGAGGUUUACUAAAGUAAAUAAAUGAAUAAUUUUUUAAAGAGAGUAGUCUAUCUGUAAAAUGUUUGCCAGUGUAGAAAUGGCAUUACUUAUGUUACAGAAUGCAGAGGUAUAAUAGCUAUAAAGAAAGAUAAAUUGGAACCUGGAAGUUACUCAGGACUUUAAAAAAUGGCAUAAGCAUAUUUAUAUUUACAGUAAGCAUAUGUAUACUUUACAGUGUGGGAUGUCUUGUAAGAAUCACAUUGUUCUCUGUGAUUUAGCAUUUCUCUGUUUUGGACAACUAUUGGCAUAGCUUUUGGGGAAUGCAGUGCUGGACAUGACAAAAUGUGUAAUAAACCUUAUGGAAGCUAAGCUGGCAGACAUCUUAAUAAAACAGAUAAUUUAUAUUGGUUUUUUUUCCAGCAGAAUUAAGUAUGUUCCUAAUAGCCCUGGCAUUUUUUAGCAUGCUUUUAAAAGCAUCACUGAUGGGUAGUGCUGUGGAAUACCUCAAAAACUAAACAAGUUUGACUGUUUGCAUAUCUUUACAGGUGCAGUCUGUUACAAAGAGAUACCUAUAAUAGGUCCAUGUAAGCAUGAAAACGUAUUUAUUUUCAAUUUAUUGUGGAGGAGGUUAUGUCACAAACACAAUAUACUGUUUCAGUAGGAAAAGAUCUCACCAUGGCACCGUCCGGGAGAAAGCAUGGAGGAAAAGCUGGUAAACCAGCACAGGACGAUCAGACUAUACCUACUUUUGACUUUGAGGAGGAAAGAAAAGAACUGAGUGGAUCAGAGGAAGAUAUUAGAGAAGGUGACAUACCAGUAAUGGACAAGCAUGGAAAGAAAAGACCUCUGGCGACUACUCAUGUGGUUCCAGAUGAUGUGGGGGGUGAAGUACAGAAUAUGUUGGAGAGAUUUGGAGCUGACAUUAACAAGGCUCUCUUAGCCAAGAGGAAACGAUUAGAAAUGUAUACAAAAGCCUCACUGAAAACCAGUAACCAAAAGAUUGAACAUGUAUGGAAAACACAGCAGGAGCAAAGGCAGAAGCUCAAUAAUGAGUUCUCCCAGCAGUUCCUGACUUUAUUUCAGCAAUGGGAUGUAGAUGUGCAAAAGGCAGAGGAGCAGGAAGAAAAACUAGGGAAUAUGCUUCGUCAGCAACAAAAAGUUUUUCAACAGGCAAGAAUAGUUCAAAGUCAGAGACUGAAAACCAUUAAGCAACUCUACGAGCAAUUCUUAAAGAGCAUGGAAGAGUUGGAGAAGAGCAAUGAAAAUCUUCUGGCUGGUGCCCAAAAUGAGCUUCGCAAGGAAAUGGCAAUGUUGCAGAAAAAAAUUAUGAUGGACACUCAACAGCAGGAGAUGGCAACUGUUCGCAAGUCUCUUCAGUCCAUGUUAUUCUGAUGGAUCAGUGGAGGAGCAACUUGUACCUAAGUAACACGAUACAAGUACAGGCAUUAGAAGGAUGUUGAGAUUUACAUGUUUCAAGGUUCCUAUAAAACCCUUUCCUGGAUUGUUCUAAUCUUGUCUGUUCAUGUUGUAAGAAACUAUCUUAGUAAACUUUUAUUAUUGGGGGGCAGUAUGGACCCCAAACCA